UCAAACUUUUAAUGAUUUUUUUGCAGGAUAUAUUAGUGGGGUGGCAGGAUUACUUGUUGGAAGCCCUUUAGAUGUCUUAAAAGUGCGACUUCAAACUACGUCAACCAUGAAUAGUCGCACACCAAUACCAUCAUCUAUGAGAACUUUGAUUGAAAUGAAACGAGCUGAAGGCUUAAGUUCAUUAUUUAAAGGUGUAGGUUCACCAAUCAUAGGGCUUGCAUUUUUGAAUUCGAUAUUAUUUGCUUCAUAUGGAGGAAUUAUGAGAGCAUUUGAAGAAUACGGUUUCAAAUCGUCACCUAAUCCGACAUUAUCCCAAGUAUAUAUUGCAGGAUUUGGCGCUGGUGUUGCUUGUUUCUUAGCAAGUACACCAACCGAAUUGGUUAAAUGCAGAGCUCAAGUUUAUCCGAAUUCUUCCACUUGGAGCAUUUUCAAAUCAAUUUUAUUUACUCACGGAAUUGGAGGAUUUUAUCAGGGAGGGCUUAUAACAAUUAUUCGGGAUGCGCCUGGAUAUGGUGUUUAUUUUUGGGCAUACGAAGGAUUAAAAAGAGUAUUAGGAGUAACUAUAGAUAAUUCUGGUGGAAAUGUCUCAAAAUUAUUAUUUGCUGGUGGAAUGGCAGGACUUUUAUCUUGGGGUAGUAUUUAUCCAUUAGAUGUUAUAAAAUCCCGAUUACAGACACAAUAUUCGUCAUCAAUUAAUCCACAUACGGAAGAGACUCCUCUUGUACAGCGUAAGGUAACUGUAUCACCUACAGUAACAUUAACUAGACAAAAUGGACCUUAUUAUAAGGGUAUUGUUGAUUGUGCCAUAAAAUCUUAUCAAGCCGAAGGAAUCUCCGUGUUUUUUCGAGGAAUAAUACCUACACUCAUUCGUGCUUGGCCUGUUAAUGCUGUUACUUUUUAUGUUUAUGAAAUAAUGAUUAAUUGGUUAAACAGUUUACAACAUUCAAAUUAAUUUGCUCAUUAUUUAUUUACCGUUUUAAGAUCAUAAACAAAAUUCACGUGGCGCAGUUUUUUUUUAAUUCUUUCCUAUUCUUUAGAAACAAAAAAAAUAAAAAUAAAA